AUGGCUUUCAAGAUUGCAUUACUUGUGAUGUAUUGUCUACUUCGCUGUGUAACAUCUGAAGAUCUUGGGUUCAAAUACAAUGGAUUCUGGUUGGCAAACAUGAACCUGGACAGCGUAGCUGUUAUCACCUCCGGUGGCCUCUUAAAGCUAACGGAUAUGACAAAACAACAACAACAAGGUCAUGCCUUCUAUCCUAGUCCCAUAAACUUCAAGAACUCGAACGGCUCGGCCUAUUCUUUUUCCACAUCCUUCGUCUUUGCCAUAGAGUCUAAAUAUCAGGAUAUAAGUGGACAAGGGAUGGCUUUCGUGAUUGCACCAACAAGAGGCCUCCAAGGAGCCCUUCCAAACAAGAUGAACGGCAGAUCUCAGGGGCUUGAUAUAUCUCUACUUCCCAAGCUACCCAAUGAGAAAUCUAAACUUUUGACAAUUGGCUUGCCUACUAUUUCAUCGUUUGUGUUGUUGACAGCAAUCUUGGCUGUAGCUUAUUACAUGAAAAGGAUGAAGAAAAAGUAUGCAGAAGAGCUAGAAGACUGGGAACUUGAAUAUGGACCUCACCGCUUCAUGUACAAAGACUUAUACAUAGCCACCAAAGGAUUUCAAGACAAGGAGAUAUUAGGGACCGGAGGAUUUGGUAGGGUGUACAGAGGUUUAUUGCCUACAUCUAAAAUUCAAGUUGCUGUCAAGAGAGUGUCUCAUGAAUCAAGACAAGGAAUGAGGGAAUUUGUAGCAGAAAUUGCCAGCCUUGGUGUGGCAUCUGGCCUUAUAUACCUACACGAAGAAUGGGAACAAGUAGUGGUUCACAGGGAUGUUAAGGCUAGUAAUGUGUUGCUUGAUGGUGAAUUAAAUGGAAGAUUAGGGGACUUUGGCCUUGCAAGACUCUAUGAUCAUGGAAGUGACCCUCGAACUACUCGUGUUGUUGGUACUCUAGGGUACCUUGCCCCAGAGCAUACAAGAAGUGGCAAGGCCUCAACAAGCACUGAUGUAUAUGCCUUCGGAGCCUUUCUACUCGAAGUUGGCUGUGGUAGAAGGCCAAUAGAGCCACGAGCACCAACAGAAGAGAGAGUUCUGGUGGACUGGGUGUUUUCCCACUGGAAUAGAGGUGAAAUUUUACAGGCUAUUGAUUCAAAAUUGGGUUAUGAUUAUGUGAAAGAAGAGGUGGAACUGGUAUUAAAACUUGGAUUACUAUGCUCUCAUUCUGAGGCUGUUGCUAGGCCAAAUAUGCGGCAAAUUCUGCUCUACUUAGAAGGCGCUGCAGCAUUGCCAGAUAUAUCCUCUCUUCGUAUUUCUGCAGCUGGCCUAACAUUUGCACAUGGUGAAGGCUUUGAUGAUUUUAAUAAUUCAGAUGGCAACUCUUCCACUGUUGCAGCGUCCUUACUAUCUGGUGGGCGAUAA